CAUUAACCCCUGCUGUAAACGUACAACAGAAGAAGAGUCUCUUGGUGUUUUUCCAUCUCAUUUGAGCUUUCUCACUGAGAAACACGACCCUUUAGACCUCAGAAGACCUUAUAAUGGAAUCAGCAGAGGUUGGACUGUGUUCUUCUAAAACACCUCCAUGCACUCCUGGUCCUGCUGGCUCACAGCUUUGUGGGGACGUGCAGACAGAAACUUGUCAGGCUUCAGGUGGAGCCUCUGUGGAACACAUCACCCCUGUGGACCUUCAGAAGAAUGUAAAGAAGGAAGAAAGUGAAGAUGAAGACUACCUCUGUGAAUCGCUGUCAGGCUCUGUGGGACACAUCACACCUGUGGACCAACAGAAUCAAAUAAAAACAGAAGAAUUGGAAGAGGAAGAAGAGAAGUUCUGUGGCGGAACAUCAAACUCUGUGGAAAAUAUAGACGAACAAAACAUAGGAUUUGAAAUAAAGCGUGUAAAAGUGGAAGAGUCUGAAGAGGAAGACUACAUUGGUACAAGUAAUGAAAUGAAAACUCGCCAGGUACCACUCUUCUCCUGCUCCUGGUGUUCACUUUCCUAUACAUCUCAAAUUUACCUCCACAAACACAUCAGAAGAUGCCACUAUGAGGAACAUGAGAGACUGCUACAAUCAGAAAAAUCAGCAGACACGAACCAUGUUACCACCAUAAGCUCCAGUAUUCAGGAAGCCUCUGUUACUCUCAACAGUAACACCUGUAAAGUCUAUUCCUGCUCACAGUGUGGAAAGAGUUUCACAAAACAGUAUAAUCUCCACCUACACCAGCGCAUUCACACAGGAGAAAAGCCGUAUCAUUGCUUAGAAUGUGGGAAGAGUUUUUUAAAUCACUGUGAUAUCCAGCGACAUCAACUUAUUCACACAGGAGAAAAGCCGUAUCAGUGCUCAGAGUGUGGGAAGAGUUUUAAUCGACAGGGAAAUCUUCAGCAUCACCUGCGCACUCAUUUAGGAGAAAAACCAUAUCAGUGCUCACAGUGUGGGAAAAGAUUUACAGAAAAAUGUAGUCUAAAAUUACAUCAGCGCAUUCACAGUGGAGAGAAGCCGUAUCAGUGCUCAGAGUGUGGGAAAAGUUUUAUUCGACAGAGUCAUCUCAGUAAACACUUGCGUGUUCACACAGGAGAGAAACCGUAUCAGUGCUCACAGUGUGGAAAGAUGUUCACAGAUGAAUGUUACCUAAAAGUACAUCAGCGCAUUCACAGUGGAGAGAAGCCGUAUCAGUGCACACACUGUGGGAAAACUUUUAAUCAACAGAGCCAUCUCAGUAAGCACUUGCGUAUUCAUACAGGAAACAAGCCGUAUCAGUGCUCACAGUGUGAGAAGACAUUUACAGUAAAAAGUAGUCUAAAAUUACAUCAGCGCACACACAGUGGAGAGAAGCCGUAUCAAUGUGGAGCAUGUAAAAAGAGUUUUAAACAGCCAAGUCAUCUCAAAAACCACUUGCGUAUUCACACAGGAGAGAAGCCGUAUCAUUGCUUACAUUGUGAGAUGAGUUUUAAUCACAAGAAAAGUCUUGUACAACACCAAAAGAAAUGCGCCAAUGCCUGUAAGAAACAAGUCAUUCAUCAUGAAGUCGUCAGCUUGGGAUGUGUCAUCUGAUGUUUCUCUAAAGAUGAAAAAAAAAGUCCUUUAAUAGAGAUAUUGAUUUGUGGAUUAAUGUAUUUACUGUAUGCUGUGAAUAUUCCAGAGUUUCCCCUGUGAAUGUUUGGCGCUUAAUUGAUUUAUUCCCAUAAUGAUUUAUGAGUUUGCAAGUGGGUAAAUUUUUUGUCUGUUAAAUCUUUGUGGCUGCCAGGUGACAGACCAGACUACAUUAACACCACAUGAUAUUAACGCUGAUGAUUAAGUAUAUACCAGUCAACUGGUGACAGAUGCCCACGGGGACCAAAGGCCAGCCCAUACAGUCUGAUUACACAGAAAAGUACAAUGCAGCACAAACUGCAUUAAAAGUACAUGCUGGCCAUGAAAGAAAAGCACCAGAAUACUUAGUGCACCAUAGCACACUGUGGAAAUGGGACCUGACCUACAAAUUCUCCAGAUCCCAAUGACCACCCAUAGGAUCUGUUAUGUAAAAGAGUUGAUCCAAGGAAGACCUCAUUACGCAACUCACAGCACCCAGUGGAUUAGCUGGCAAUGUCCUGGUGUCAGACACCACAGCACUGGGGUACCUGCGGAGUACCCAAGGGGCCAGAGCCUCCGGUUGGCAAAAGUGAAAACCAAAACCUGGGUGGUUUUAACGUUAGUGUUUUUAAUAUUAUGGCUGAUCAUUGUAUGUUUAGUAUGUAUAUUACUGUAGGUAAAAAAAAUAUCGUUUUUAUUAAUAAAUAAAAUUGUAAGAAUGAAAAAAAAAUUACUGAGUCUGGUGCAUAAGCAUAUGUUUAUACCGAAGGUGAGGUAAGAGAAAAAUCCAGGAGAGUGCAUGGAGAUUGGAUGUUGAUCAAUUCCCAUGCAUGCAUAUUCUUAUAUAGCCUUAAAUAAACAACCACUGCUCGGUUACAAACAGCACAUAUCCUUGCCCCUGUUGUGUUAUUGCUAGAAAGCAAAAUUAUUUUGCUGACUUUAUAUAAAUGCAAAUUUUGUUUC